AUGGCCAUCUGGAAGCGCAACGCCUCGAUCCAGGCCUCUGAGCAGCAGCACGACGGCGACAUCGAGAAGACACCCUACGAGUAUCAGCAGAAUGGCUACGAAUCACCCACAGAGGCCGGCGAGCUCAGCGACCCGAAUGACAAGAACCACAGUCUCCACCGUGGUCUGCAGGCCAGGCAGGUGUCUAUGAUUGCCAUCGGAGGAGCCAUCGGCACUGGUCUCAUCAUCGGAACUGGCUCUGCUCUCGCCAACACUGGCCCAGCAUCGAUCCUGAUCUCGUACUCUAUCGUCGGUAUGCUCGUAUACGUCGUCAUGGCCGCACUCGGAGAAAUGGCUACCUGGCUGCCUGCCGCUGGAGGGUUUGCAGUCUAUGCCGACCGCUGGGUCGACCCUGCUCUUGGCUUUGCUCUUGGAUACACCUACUGGUUCAAGUACAUCAUUACGACGCCGAAUCAGCUCACUGCUGCUGCGCUGGUCAUUCAAUUCUGGCUCGAUCGCGAUCAGGUAAAUCCGGGAGUAUGGAUCACGGUGUUCCUGGUUACCAUCAUUGUCAUCAACGUGCUGGGCAUCAAAUACUUCGGCGAGCUAGAGUUCUGGCUCAGUUCCGUCAAAGUCCUGGUGAUCAUUGGCUUGAUUAUCCUCACCUUGGUCAUCUCCCUUGGCGGCGCACCUAAUGGAGACCGCACUGGCUUUCGCUACUGGAAUAACCCUGGUGCCUUCAACGAGUACAUCGGUACAGGUGCCACUGGUCGCUUCACUGCCGUAUGGCAGUCCAUGGUCACAGCUGUCUUCGCCUUCCUCGGCACUGAGCUUGUUGGUGUGACGGUCGGCGAAGCUCAGAACCCACGCAAGAACGUUCCUCGCGCGAUCAAGCUCACCUUCUGGCGCAUCUGCAUCUUCUACAUCCUCUCCGUUCUCCUCCUGGGAAUGGCUGUUCCAUAUGACAGCGAUGAGCUUGCGUUCGCUACAAAGGCAAGCACAUCAGCAUCAGCGUCUCCAUUCGUUGCGGCAAUCCGAUUGGCACAGAUUGAGGUCUUGCCCGGUUUCCUCAACGGCUGCAUCUUGAUCUUCGUCUUCAGCGCAGCCAACUCUGACCUUUACAUUGCUUCGCGAACGCUACACGGUCUUGCUUUAAAGAAGCAUGCCCCUGAGUUCUUGGCCAUCACCAACAAGAAGGGUGUACCUUACUACGCUCUGGGCUUGUCAGCUGCCAUCUGCUGCAUCGCGUACAUGAACGUGUCAACAGGAUCGACCGUCGUCUUUGGAUACUUUGUCAACCUGGUCUCCAUCUUCGGUCUUCUGACGUGGAUUUCAAUCUUGGUGUCCCACAUCUUCUUCGUCAAGGCUCGACGAGCACAGGGCGUUCCAGACAAUGACGAGCGACUGCGUUACAAGUCGCCCUUCGGCUUGUGGGGCAGCUACUUCGCGUUGGCAUUCUGCUGUCUAAUCGCGCUCACCAAGAACUUCACUGUCUUUAGGCCAAACCCCGACACAUAUGGCAACUUUGAUUACAAGAACUUCAUCACUGGAUAUCUCGGUAUUCCACUGUAUCUGAUCAUGAUUGUUGGAUACAAGUUCACGCAGAAAACGCACAAGGUGCAACCAGAGACGGCUGACCUGUGGACUGGCAAGGACAUCAUCGAUCGUGACGAGCAAGAGUGGAUCGAGAAGGAAGCAGCUGAGAAGGCUAUGGGCAAGAACGGCAGUUGGCUGUACAGGCACUCUAUCGGCUACAUAUUCUAA